CGUAAAUUUACUCAUCCCCGGUGAGUGCUGGUAGACUUUGGAAACGAGUUUGUGAAGUUUUUCGCCGGAUUAUCGAAAAAAUGGCAAUUAGUUUGUUGAAUCCGAAAGCGGAAGUUGCGCGUGCCGCCCAAGCCUUGGCGAUAAACAUUUCGGCAGCCAAAGGAAUCCAGGAUGUGAUGAAAUCGAACUUGGGUCCGAAAGGAACCAUGAAAAUGUUAGUUUCGGGAGCGGGUGAUAUAAAAAUAACAAAGGAUGGUAACGUGCUGUUGCACGAGAUGCAAAUACAGCACCCCACCGCCUCGCUGAUUGCAAGAGCGUCCACUGCUCAGGACGACAUGACCGGUGAUGGCACAACAUCCACUGUCCUUUUGAUCGGCGAACUUCUCAAGCAAGCGGAUAUCUACAUCGCCGAGGGGCUCCACCCUAGAAUUCUCGCGGAAGGAUUUGACAAAGCCAAAACUAAGGCUUUAGAAGUGUUGGAUAAAGUUAAAAUACCAAUCGAAAUUAACAAAGAAAACUUGAUGGAUGUUUGCCGAACUAGCUUGAGAACUAAGGUGCAUCAAAACCUGGCAGAUAUAUUAACAGAAGUGUGUGUCGAUGCAAUUCUGUCGAUAAAACAAAAAGACAAACCUGUCGAUUUACACAUGGUAGAACUGAUGCAAAUGCAGCACAAAACCGAGGCGGAUACCUCUUUGGUCAAAGGUUUGGUAUUGGAUCACGGGGCCCGUCACCCCGACAUGCCGAAACGGCUCGAAGAUUGCUACAUUUUAACGUGCAAUGUGAGCUUGGAAUACGAAAAAAGUGAGGUUAAUUCUGGAUUCUUUUACAAAACCGCGGAAGAGAGGGACAAAAUGGUGCUGGCCGAACGCGAGUUCAUCGACCAGAGGGUUAAGAAAGUUAUCGAGCUUAAACGCAAAGUGUGUAGCGGGAAUAAGAAAACCUUCGUUGUCAUUAAUCAAAAGGGAAUUGAUCCUAUCAGUUUGGACAUGCUUGCGAAAGAGGGCAUAUUGGGAUUGAGACGGGCCAAGCGACGAAACAUGGAACGUCUCGCUUUGGCCUGCGGCGGUACGGCAAUGAACAGCUUUGACGACCUUACCGAAGAGUGUUUGGGCUAUGCCGGUUUGGUCUAUGAACACGUCCUAGGCGAAACAAAAUAUACAUUCGUGGAAAACUGCAAGAACCCUCUGUCAGUGACCAUUUUGAUGAAAGGCCCCAACAAACACAGCCUCGCACAAAUCAAAGACGCCGUGAGAGAUGGUCUAAGGGCUAUCAAUAACGCCAUCGAGGACAAGUGUCUUAUCCCGGGGGCCGGAGCAUUCGAGAUAACGGCAAACAAGGAGCUGCUCGAUUUCAAGGACACCAUAAAAGGCAAAGCGCGACUGGGCGUGGUCGCGUACGCAGAAGCACUUCUUGUCAUACCCAAGGUGUUGGCGACCAAUUCGGGUUUCGAUGUACAGGAGACAAUUGUGAAGCUGCAGGAGGAGGCGCGUCUUAGCGAGGAACCCAUAGGGUUAGAUCUGACAUCGGGCGAACCGAUCAAUCCCAAGGACGCAGGAAUAUAUGAUAACUACGUAGUCACGAAACAAAUUAUCAACUCGUGUUCGGUGAUUGCGAGCAACCUGAUUUUGGUGGAUGAGAUUAUGCGAGCCGGCAUGAGUAGCCUAAAGGGUUAGAACACCCAAGUGGCACUCCUAGGGAUAUGAUGACCUAUUAAUUUGUAUUCGCCUGCCUUUCACAAUAAAUGUAACAAUUUGCUUUUUC